AUGGCUCAAACCAGGUUCCUGUGGUAUGGCCUCCUCUGCGCCAACGUUGCUGCCGCCUUUUGGGGAGGAAAGAAGCAGGUGACCACCAGCCCCCGUCACGAUCUCAACCUCAGCCCGUUCGAGAUCCUGCAAUCAGGCUGGCAGCCCUCCGAGGUCUACACCGUCGCCUUGAACGAGCUCCAAGACCUCGAGUCCGAGCCCCUCUGCCACAGGAUCGCCGCGCGACUGCUGGUUGGCAAUUGCCAGUUACUCGAUGGAAAGAACGAGGCGACCGUGCUCACCGACAGCGGUCGGCAGAUCCGAGACUUUGUCGACUCAUACGCCGCGAGCAUGGCCAUCUGCGACCUCGAGCGCGGCAGGUUCACCAUCCCCUCCGUUUGCGAAAAGUUUCGUGAGCCCACCCUCGGCCAGCUGUCGCUCGACGGCCAGGCUCGACUCCACGUCACUUCUCGCGAGAUCGACCACUGCCUUUCGGGCCUGGCUGCGGAGAACUCGGCAUGGUCGACCUGGGUCAGCUACCGCCACAAAGCUUUGAGGUUCUGCGAAGCUGCGAGGGCAGACCAGGAGAAGGCUCAAAACAUCCUCCUAUACCAGCGACUCAUCCAGGUCAUGGCGAAAAUGACACACGGCGUCGAGGUCGAACUCCAAAAGCAUAUGGAAAACCUCGAUCUCCGGGUGCAGAGGACGGGCGCCGUGAUUCAAGACCUUGGACCUGAGCUCGACCGUUUGAGAGACAGGUUAGCCAAAGUUGACGACUACAUCUCCCAAGGGCUGGAGAGCACAUUGAAGAAGUCCACCGAAUCAAUCAGAAAUGGUCUCAAUGACGCCGCGAACUUGCAACAAAUACUUGCGGUGAUGAUGCAGACUGUGCUUGAUGGCACCUCACACGUUGCUGCUGCACAGGAGAGGAGUAUGGAGGUCUUCAGCAAAGGAGGCAAUGACCUGGACGAAUGGGCCGCGGUGGUGGCCAGAGCUUCUGCUUCCGCCUUGUCACUGAACAGCCAGAUCGAAUCAUCACGCCUCGACCUACUGGAGCUGUCUGCACGACAGCAAGCACUGGCUGGAGGCUUGGAUCGUCUCACUUCUGCGGCGGAAACUUUGUCUCUGCGUCAAAACGACCAUGCCCAAUCUCUAAACGAGGCCCAGAAUAUUACAAAUGACAUCCUCGAUACCCUCGAUGAGGUAGCCGCCUCGGCCAUGAUCCUAGAAGGGGCCUCACACUCUUAUCUCGGAGGGUCGGGCCUCUUCAGGUGGAUCUCCUACAUCGUCAGCCCUGUUGCGACUCUGAUGCUGGGCUCAUACGGCCUCCCGCCGUCAGCCAUGCGCAACUUGGGCUUGGUCGUCCUUGGGGAGUUCGUCGGCUUCUUGGUUUGCCAUGCCGACCGCAUCUUUGUCCCCUGGUCCUUCCUUGCUACGACUCAUGCGAUGGACAAUACCACGUCUACCAGCCUCUAG